AUGGAAAUCAGAGCCCUGCAAAGUAAGACGAUAAAAGAGAUGCAGACCGGCAUUACCACUGAUCAAGAUUGUAUUGGGUGGGUUUUUACAGACGGUGUAUGUCUUUUUGGUGUUAAUAGAAUGCCUUCAUUUGAUAUUUGCACAUAUCCUACAUUUAAUGAUACACCUAAGUAA